AUGAGCGACAUGAGGAAUGUAAACAAUUGGCACUGGGUCAGUAAGGAUUGUCGUCCUUGGGCAAAGAAAUACUUGACAGAACAGUUGGUCGAUCUUUCAACAAAGAAAGACAAUGUGAAUGCGAAAAUCACAAGUUUAGACGAAUGCAACGGUGACGUCGACCUCAAUCAAAGAAAAGGAAAACUGUUUGCCAUUUAUGAUUUAGUUUUGAAAUUUAGCUGGGAAGGUAACUUUGGGAGGAAUCAACACGAUAAGCGAGCAUUUGGAACGAUUUCUGUACCUGAAUUUGCAUAUGAUACAGAGGAAUAUGUGUUUAAAUGUACAGUCAAUCAAUCAUCCGAAUUUGAUUUGAAAGCAAAGCAAGUUGUUCAAUCAUUGUUAAUACCUUUAAUGAAAGAGAGGCUUGCAAAAUUUGCUAGCGAGCUAAUUGACAGCUAUAGCGCAGACCUCUAUGUAAACAGUAGCAACAAAAAAGAGCCUGCUCAAAACAAGUCCAGUGUAUCCUUGCAGCCUAUUAGAUCAUGUGAGGAUAAAGAUACGGUUGUCAAGACGACUGUUGUCAAUCAUUCUUUUGAAUUCAAGGGAGGUGAUGCAAAACAGAUCUAUGAAGCACUCUUGGAUCCAAAACGUGCCGUUAUCUGGACAAGGACGAGCAAGUCAUUAAAACUAUCAAAGCAGGCCGGAUCUACAUUUGAAUUAUUUGAUGGUAAUGUACAAGGUGUACUACUUGACUUGAUGCCAAACAAGCAAAUUCGACAAACAUGGAGAUUAAAAUCAUGGCCAAAAGGGCAUUUCUCUACUGUAACCAUCAACUUGUUAAACUCCCAGGAAGGUGUCACGAUACAUGUCAACCAAACCGGUGUUCCCGCGAGUGAGGAAGGGUCUAUUGAAAGGAACUGGAUGGGGUAUUAUUGGCAAUCUAUUCAAGCCCAUUAUCCACAGCUAAGCUCAAUGCCUAUUGAAAGAGAGCAUAGCUUUGUCAGAUAUCAAUAUUAUACAUUGAUAGUUUGUUUUAUCAUCUUGGCCUUAUCCAUUGUUAUUUCCUUUUCGACAACAAUAAAACUUUAA